GUUCCCGGCGUCCAAUGGCAAGGCAGAGAGCAUUUUAGGACGUGCUUGAGCGUCCGGGGCAAGCGGAGGGAGCCUCUGCUGGAAACUGCCGGAGAGACUGCAGUGGGCGCUCUCACAGGGUGGCCUCCGAUGGGCGGACAGGUGAGCACUUGUGGCAGCUUCCAGAGCCUGCCAUGCACCACAAAUACAGACUGGAUGUCAGCGCUGUGCCCCCUGCUCUGGGAUGUGCCCCUCCACCACCUCUCCAUCCCAGGAAGCCACGACACCAUGACCUACUGCUUGAACAAGAAAUCGCCCAUCUCCCAGACCCAGUCCCGGCUGCUGCAGCUUCUGGGCAAGGUCCUGCCAUGUGUCACCCGCCCCGUGGUGCUCCGGUGGUCCACCACCCAGGUGCUGGAUGUCACCAAGCAGCUGGAUGCGGGGGUGCGGUACCUGGACCUGCGGAUCGCACACAUGCUUGUCGGCACUGAGAAGAAUCUACACUUUGUGCACAUGGUAUACACCACUGCGCUGGUGGAGGACACGCUCACGGAGAUCUCAGAGUGGCUGGAGAACCACCCCCGGGAGGUUGUCAUCCUGGCGUGCAGGAACUUCGAGGGCAUGACGGAGGACCUGCAUGAGUACCUGGUUGCCUGCAUCCGGAACAUCUUUGGGGACAUGCUGUGUCCCCGAGGGGAGUUGCCAACACUGAACCAGCUGUGGUCACGCGGGCAGCAGGUCAUUCUGUCCUACGAGGAGGAAAGCGUUGUGAGCCGGCAUGGGGAGCUGUGGCCUGGGAUCCCCUACUGGUGGGGGGACCAGGUGAAAGCCCAGGAGCUCAUCCAGUACCUGGAGCGCAUGAAGAGCUGCGGCCGCCCAGGCGGGCUGUUUGUGGCGGGCAUCAACCUGACAGAGAACCUGGCGUAUGUCCUCGGGCACCCGUCCCAGUCCCUCAGGAAGAUGACCCUCCCGAACCUGCCGUACCUGAGCGCAUGGGUCCGGGAGCAGUGCCCUGGGCCGGGCGCACGGUGCACCAACAUCAUCGCGGGCGACUUCAUCGGUGCGGACACGUUUGUGGGCGACGUCAUAAGACUCAACGAGAAGCUGCUGAGAUGCUCACAUGUCCCUUUUGCAGCUCACAUGGAGUGCGGGCGGGAAGAGUGGAGGCCCCGUGUAGCGCUCUCUUCGAGGAAGUGUGGGGACACGGGUGUGACAGGCAGCUCCACGCCCACGCCGGGGGCUGCCGUGGCAUCCCUGUCCUCACACCCAUCCCCUGGAGCGACAGAAACGACGUACUUGGGAGCACGCGUCUUCUGUGGAAAUGCAGCGCCCCAUCCUCCAACGCUCAUGCGCCACACGGAUGCGGACGACAACGUCGUGGCUGAAGGUGUGGACGGUGAGCCCACAGAGGAGGAGGUGGUGUGGUUCAGCUCUUCACAGCGCCCAGCAGGCCACGCCUGGGCCAUCCUGCAGCCCGCCCCGGCCACUGGGCCGACUGGGACAGUGCUGCAGGACUUCACGCCUGCCCCAGCCAUUGAGAAGGCCGGACAGUUCUGCGAGGGGCCUCACACUCCCCCGUCCACUGAGCCGGCCCGGACGGUGCUGCGGGACCUCGCGCCCCCGUCCACUGAGCCGGCUUGGACGUCUACUGAGACGGCCCGGACGGUGCUGGGGGACCUCGUGCCCCCGUCCACUGAGCCGGCCCGGACGGUGCUGGGGGACCUUGCGCCCCUGUCCACUGAGCCGGCCCGGACGGGGCUGGGGGACCUCGCUCUCCCCAGUCCACUGAGCCGGCCCAGACAGUGCUGCAGGAACUCGUGCCCCCCAGUCCACUCAGCCGGCCCAGACGGUGCUGGGGUCCUUGCGCCCCCGUCCACUGAGCCGGCCCGGACAGUGCUGGGGGACCUCACACCAUCCCCGUCCACUGUGUGGGCCCGACAGCACAGGGGACCUUGUAUCAGCUCCACACUCAGCCCUCGGGGCCCCUGUGGGAGGAGUGGGUGA